UCCAAAGUAAACUUCCGGUUAAAUGAACAACCGCCAAUCCUGGAUUACAGUUAUGGGCUGUUUCUCAUCAUUGUAAUAUUUCCAAGCACUAAAACGAUGCUUCGCCGAAAACCAACUCGUUUGGAGCUGAAGCUGGAUGAUAUUGAGGAGUUUGAGAGUGUGAAGAAAGAGCUGGAGAGCAGAAAAAAACAGCGAGACGAAGUAGACGUGGUCGGAGUUGCACAGAGUGAGAUGAGCAGCUCUGUCGGAGGUUCUGAAGGGAAAACCAGAGAGCAAACCAUUCACGAACGAAUAGGAUACAAACCUCAUCCGAAGUCAAACACACUACCGUCUUUCUUUGGGAAUCUCCAGUUUUGAGUGAUGAACAAACCCAAUGAAAUCACAGUGACCUUUGGCAGGUAUUUUUGCACUGAUGCCAUGUUGACUGGGAACUGUUUAUAGUCUUCCUUAAAACCGAAGAGGAUGAAACCCAAAGCCACUCACCAACAAAACUUUCACAUGGCAAACUGUUCUUAAUGUGUGUUUUGUUAUCAGUUCUAACAAUUAGGAAAUAAAAGGAAUGCACAUAAA